CGCUCGGCUUGAUGGACGCGCUUCCUUCCACCAAUGGGGACGAAGGGAAGCCCGAGCGUGUGGCCCCGGCGAGUGCGGAUAAAAGCCGCCCCGCCGGGCUCGGGCUUCAUUCUGAGCCGAGCCCAGUGCCAAGCGCAGCUAGCUCAGCAGGCGGCGGCGGCGGCCUGAGCUUCAGGGCAGCCAGCUCCCUCCCGGUCUCGCCUUCCCUCGCGGUCAGCAUGAAAGCCUUCAGUCCCGUGAGGUCCGUUAGGAAAAACAGCCUGUCGGACCACAGCCUGGGCAUCUCCCGGAGCAAAACCCCGGUGGACGACCCGAUGAGCCUGCUGUACAACAUGAACGACUGCUACUCCAAGCUCAAGGAACUGGUGCCCAGCAUCCCCCAGAACAAGAAGGUGAGCAAGAUGGAAAUCCUGCAGCACGUCAUCGACUACAUCUUGGACCUGCAGAUCGCCCUGGACUCGCAUCCCACUAUUGUCAGCCUCCAUCACCAGAGACCCGGGCAGAACCAGGCGUCCAGGACGCCGCUGACCACCCUCAACACGGACAUCAGCAUCCUGUCCUUGCAGGCUUCUGAAUUCCCUUCUGAGUUAAUGUCAAAUGACAGCAAAGCACUGUGUGGCUGAAUAAGCGGUGUUCAUGACUUCUUUUUUUUUCUUUGCACAACAACAACAACAACAACAAAUCCACAGAAUCUUUUAAGUGCUGAACUUUUCAACCAUUUCACAAGGAGGACAAGUUGAACGGACCUUUUUGAAAAGAAAAAAAAAAUGGAAGGAAAACUAAGAAUGAUCAUCUUCCCAGGGUGUUCUCUCACCUGGACUGAGAUAUUCGUUAUUUAUGAAAAAGACUUUUAAAUGCCCUUUCUGCAGUUGGAAGGUUUUCUUUAUAUACUAUUCCCACCAUGGGGAGCGAAAACGUUAAAAUCACAAGGAAUUGCCCAAUCUAAGCAGACUUUGCCUUUUUUCAAAGGUGGAGCGUGAAUACCAGAAGGAUCCAGUAUUCAGUCACUUAAAUGAAGUCUUUUGGUCAGAAAUUACCUUUUUGACACAAGCCUACUGAAUGCUGUGUAUAUAUUUAUAUAUAAAUAUAUCUAUUGAGUGAAACCUUGUGAACUCUUUAAUUAGAGUUUUCUUGUAUAGUGGCAGAGAUGUCUAUUUCUGCUUUAAAAAGUGUAAUGAUGUACUUAUUCAUGCUAAACUUUUUAUAAAAGUUUAGUUGUAAACUUAACCCUUUUAUACAAAAUAAAUCAAGUGUGUUUAUUGAAUGGUGAUUGCCUGCUUUAUUUCAGAGGACCAGUGCUUUGAUUUUUAUUAUGCUAUGUUAUAACUGAACCCAAAUAAAUACAAGUUCAAAUUUAUGUAGACUGUAUAAGAUUAUAAUAAAACAUGUCUGAAGUCAG